CUGUAGGACCCCCCCGCCCGCCCAUCCCAGCACCGGCAGCCGCGGCCGGGCCGGGCCGGGCUCCCGCCGCGCCGGGGGUCCCGCCGCUCCCUGCGUCCUCGCACCAUGUCGGGGGCCCUGAGCAAGCGCAGCGACCUGGCCAACGACAACCGGUGCCCGGGGCUGAGCCUGGGGCUGCCCGCGGCCCCCGACCCCCGCACCGGCCCCGGUGGCGCCCCGGCCGAGGAGCUGCCCGGCGCCGGCUGGGCCAAGGCCGGCCAGGACCAGAACCGCAACGAGCUCGAGCCGGGCCCGGGGCCGGGGCGCUCCCCCGGGGCGCACGGGGACUCCCCCGGGGCGCUGGAGCCGGGGGUCCGAGCCCGCAAUGCCCGGAACGCUGCCCGCGACCCGCGGGCCCUGCUGAUCGGCGCCUCGGAGGAGGAGGAGGAGGAUGAAGAGGAGGAGGAGGACGAGGAGGAGGAGGACGGGCCCGGGGUGUCCCCGCCGGCUCUGGGCGCGGAGCGGGGCCUGCGGGAGCCGCCGGGGCGCAGCGCCAGCCGCCUCUUCGGGGGGCCCGGCCCCGGUAGCGACGAGGACUCGAGCUGGGCCACGCUGAGCCAGGGCAGCCCCGGCAGCUCCCCCGAUGAGCCAGAGUCGCUGUGGCCGUGUGGUGCAGGGGCACACGGGGACCUGCCCCCCGGCUGGCUGCGGGUGCAGGACACCUCAGGCACCUACUACUGGCAUGUCCCCACUGGGACCACCCAGUGGGAGCCCCCCGGCGGGCCCCACGAGACCCCUUCCGACGGCAGCACCCCCACCGAGGGGCCCACUCUUUCCUGGACAAGCUUUGCCCCAGCUGAGACCUUCAAUAAUGGAGACUUGUGGAAGGACCCCACGGCUGAGGAGGAAGAGGAGGAGGAGGAAGAGGAAGAUGAGGAGCCAGGAGUGUCAGACCUGGAGAUGCUGUCACCAGGCCCAGGAUCGCCAGGAGAGGGCAUGGCCCUGGGCGAGGAGGAUGUGCUGGACUCCAAGGGCCUCCCGGUGCGCUCCCUGGGCUGGGUGCAGCUGCGGGAGGAGGAGCUGGGGCCCGGCCGCAGCAGCAGCGCCGUCAGCGCCUGCAUCCGGCAGCUCUCGGGGCCCCGCGAGGGCCCCCCCGGCACCUGGGGGGAGGCGCAGGCGCUGCUGGUGCUGGAGGAGCGCACGCUGAAGCUGGUGGACCCGCAGGACCGGGCGCUGCUGCACGCGCAGCCCGUGGGCGCCAUCCGCGUCUGGGGCGUGGGGCGGCACGGCAGCAGGGACUUUGCAUACGUGGCCCGGGACCCCCUGACGCAGGUGCUGAAGUGCCACGUGUUCCGCUGCGAGGGGCCUGCCAGCGCCAUCGCCGCCGGGCUGCACCGGGUCUGCGCUCAGCUGACGGCGGAGCGGCGAAGUGCCCGGGCAGCAGGCAACGGCCUGGGGACAGAGCCCCCCCGGCUGGGGGAGCCUCCCCUGCAGGUGGAGUUCCCAGCCCCCAAGAGUGAGGUGGUUCAGCGCUUCCCCGUGUGUUACCUGGGCUGUGUCCCCGUGGCCAAGCCAGUGGGCAUGGAUGUGAUCAACGCGGCGCUGGAGGCGGCGCUGGCCCCUGGCUCAGGGGAGCCCCCUGCGCCCACCCCCGUGGUGGUCAGUGUGGCCCCUGCCACCCUCACCAUUGCUCACCGCCAGACAGAGGCGGUGCUGUGCGAGUGCCGCGUGCGCUUCCUGUCCUUCAUGGGGGUGGGACGCGACGUCCGCGCCUUCGCCUUCAUCAUGGCCAGCGCCCCCGGCACCUUCCGCUGCCACAUGGUGUGGUGUGAGCCCAACGCCGCGGGGCUCAGCGAGGCGCUGCAGGCUGCCUGCGUGCUCCGCUACCAGAAGUGCCUGGAUGCGCGGCCCCAGGCCUCCAGCUCCUGCCUGCCCGCGCCCCCGGCUGACUCGGUGGCGCGGCGGGUGGGCUCCUCCGUGCGCCGGGGGGUGCAGACCCUCCUGGGGACCCUCAAACAGCGGCGGGGAGGGGCGCAGACCCCCUGAGCGGGGCGAGGGCAGGGGGGGCAUUGGCUGGGCGAGGCAGCGUCAGGGGGCAGGACCACGGACCCAACGCUCCAGGGCACGGAGU